AUGGUCUGGCGGGUAGCAGUGAUCGGGGCAGGCAGCUCUGGUUUGGUUUGUACUAAAGUCUGUGUGGAGGAAGGGCUGGAGCCUGUCUGCUUUGAGAGCAGUGAUGAUAUUGGAGGACUGUGGAACUUCAAGGAGCUUCCACAGCCUGAGCGCUCCAGUAUCUACCGUUCCCUAGUGGUGAACACAUCCAAAGAGAUGAUGUGUUUCAGUGACUUCCCGAUGCCAGAGGAUUAUCCAAACUACAUGCAUCACUCCCUCCUCCUGCAGUACUUCAGACUGUACGCAGAACACUUCCAGCUGCUCAAGUACAUACGCUUCAAGACCACAGUAAAGCGUGUGGUGCAGAGACCAGACUUUCCAGUCAGCGGUCAGUGGAGCGUAGAGACCGUGAACCAGCAAGGAGAAGAGGAGCACCACGUUUUUGAUGCAGUGAUGGUGUGCUCCGGCCAGUACACACACCCUCACCGGCCCAUCUCUGAGUAUUCUGGCUUGGAGACCUUCACUGGGCAGCACUUGCACAGCUGGGAGUUCAAAGAUGCAGAAAGCUACAAAGGGAAGAGGGUCCUGGUGAUGGGAAUCGGAAACUCAGGGGGCGACAUUGCUGUGGAGAUCAGCAGAUUUGCAGAAAAGACUUUUCUCAGCACACGAAAAGGGGCCUGGGUGAUUGGAAGGAUGUCAAACUGUGGGCUUCCUUUAGACAUGACUGGCAUCAACAGGUUUUAUAACACUCUCAUGGGGCUGCUUCCCUCUCGUCUGAUCAGCUGGAUCACAGAGAGAGCCAUUAACCACAAAUAUGACCACAGGCUGUACCGGCUACGGCCUAAGCACCGAGCUUUUGAGAGGAGACCAGUGAUAAAUGACGAACUCCCUUAUCGAAUCCUACUUGGAGAAGUGGUGAUGAAGCCGAAUAUCAAAGGAUUUAACAAGUCUAAAGUUGUCUUUGAGGAUGAUACAAAAGAGGAAAUUGACAUUGUGCUCUACUGCACUGGGUACAUUACAAAGUUUCCCUUCUUGCCCCCAUCUCUGUCUCAGGGACCCAAAGGAGAGCUGUCGUUGUACAAGAGACUGUUUCCUCCAUCUUUGCAACAACCUACUCUGGCUGUUAUGGGCGUUUUCCAAACAAAAGGGCCAAUCAUGCCUGUAGUGGAAAUGCAGGCUCGAUGGUCUGCGGCAGUUUUCAAAGGUUUGGACAUCCUCCCUUCAAACGACAUAAUGCUAGGUGUCAUUGAGGCAGAGAGAAAGAGGAGCAUGGAAAGUUACCCUUGCCCGCUGCAGGCCUCUUUACAGGUGGAUUACAUCUCUUAUCUGGAUUUUAUGGCUGAGAAAAUACGGGUGAAACCUCACUUCUUGGGUCUUUUCCUCCAAGACCCCGUUCUGUGGGUAAAGGUGUUCUUUGGCCCCUGUACUCCAUACCAGUUUCGCCUGAGUGGUCCGGGGCAGUGGUCAGGGGCCCGCCAGGCUGUCCUCUCCCAGUGGGACCGUGUGGAUCGGCCCUUCAGCACCAGAGAGGUCCCAGAGCUGCAUGACCAGGGCUCAGUGUGGUCCACCAUCUGGUUAUUAGCAUUAGGCGGCACUUUGCUAAUGCUCUUGUGCAUUGUAACAUCAUAG